GCUAACAAUGGAUUCGACUCCGCAGGUUGGGAUUGCGACGAACCCGCACCCUCCUCCCGAUCGCCGCGCGGGGGAUCAUUAUGUAGUAAUGACUGCUCUUCCGUGAGCGCAGCCUGUCCUCGCGAUGUCGGCGGCGAUGCCACUCGUGGUCGUUUGGCCCGUGGUUCUGGCGUCGAGCUUUGUGUAGACGCUGGUGGGACAUCUGAGCCAGCCCUAGACGCCGUAUCCGUUGUCAUUGUUGACGGCGGCCAGAUGAACUUGGUUCGUGUUCGAGGCAUCUGGUAG